AUGGACGACGUGUCCCCGCCGUGGUUCCCAUGGCUCCCAUGGUACGGCAGGAUCGCCUUGAUUUUCGCUGGAUGCCUGCUUGGUAUGUAUUAUAUAUCCACGUUUGCAUGGCGCUCAGCGCUGCGUGAUGUCAACGGAAACAAGCGCUUGCGUAUGCUUCGUGAGUUGGGGCUUCCGACAGGCUCAGUGCGCUACAUGUUUGUGGGCUUCUUCCAUCCACAUAGUCAUGGAGGAGGAGGCGGUGAGCGCGUGCUAUACGAGGCGAUUAGACAUCACCAGGUGUCCGACCCGAGUAUUGUGUGCGUCGUGUACACGGGCGACAUUGAACCCUUGGACCAUGGCGUAACGAAGGAGGUCAUGCUAGACAAAGUGAAGUCGCUCUUUGGCAUAGAGUUGGAUCCACGUCGCAUUACGUUUGUCCCGCUACGCAACGUCCAUUUAGUACGCGACAACUACUGGCCCGCAUUCACCCUCGCGGGCCAGGCGUUUGGAGCGAAUCGUCUGGCAUACGAGGCCAUCAGCAAGCUGGUGCCAGACGUGUUCAUCGACACCGCAGGCCAUGCAUUUGCCUACCGUGCCGUCAAGUACUUUGACAAGCGCGUGCGUGUUGGAGCAUACGUGCAUUAUCCCACGAUCAGCACCGACAUGCUGCAGCGCGUGCAGCAGCGCCGCUCGGGUCAUACGAACCCCUCGUGGAUUGCCCAGAGCAUGCCCUUCACGCUGGCCAAGUAUGUGUACUACCGCAUCUUUGCGGCUGCGUAUGGUUCGGCCCUGCGCUCGGCAGAUGCUAUUGUCUGCAAUGGGAACUGGACGCGCAGCCACAUCCAGGAACUAAUUCAGUACCGUAUGUGGCGUCCGUGGAACACACCGCUCCUUCCACCUGUCCAAGUUGUGUACCCGCCAUGCCAGACUACUCAGCUUAGAGCGCUGCCGCUUGAGAACCGUGAAGUGCGCUCGUUACUGAGCAUUGCACAGUUCCGGCCGGAAAAGGAGCACGAGAUGCAAUUGCGUAUCGUACAUGGUCUCCUGCAGAAGUAUCCCAAGCUCAAGAGCGCCACAAGCUCGGCUCGUGCCUUGCGCCUUACGCUGAUUGGCAGCUGUCGAAAUGACGCAGACCGUGAGCGUGUGGCAUCUCUCCGCAUGCUCGCCAAGGAGCUCUCUAUCGAGAACCACAUCGAGUGGUGCAUUGACGCACCUUAUGAGCUGAUGCUCGACAAAUUGAGCUCAGCGAACAUCGGCUUGAGCACGAUGAUCGAUGAGCACUUUGGUAUCUCGGUGGUGGAGUACAUGGCCGCCGGUCUCUUGACACUAUCCCACGCUUCAGCCGGCCCGCUCAUGGACAUCGCGGUGCCGGUAAAUGGUUCUGAGACAGGCUUCCAUGCUCAUACACUGGACGAGUACGUGGACACAGCGUACCGCCUGAUUAUGAUGCCCACACAGUCGACGCUUCGGAUCCGUCAAAUGGCUCGUGAGCGGGUUGCCACCAUGUUCAGUGACGAGGCAUUCCAUCGCCGCUGGCGUGAACAUCUCUGGAACGAACUCGUGCCGCCACAACUUGUCGCAGAGCGCGAGCGACGGCGUGCCGAGCGCACGGCGGCGAUCGCAGCUGCACCGUCGGGCCGGGCCCAAGAUAGGUAG